GCGCCACGCGAGAAUUGAUUUUGCCAUGCCGACUAAACGCCAUGUAGGGUAAACGUUGAGUAAUCGGAAGCCACACAACCGCGUCGAUUCGUCUAGACAACCGCGCGCGCGCAUGUGUGUAUGUGGUUGGGUGUGUAGUCGGCACAAGAAAUAAGAUCUACCCUCAUCAUCACACGACUCUUCCUAUAUAGGUUGUGAGUGUUUGCCGCCAUCAUGCCCGCUUAUAAGCUUGUGUACUUCAAUUCCCGCGGCCUCGGGGAGGUUGCCAGACUCCUGUUUGCUGUAUCUGGCACCGAGUACGAAGACAAGCGAGUGACUAAGGAAGAAUGGAUAGAGCAGAAGAAAGAAACCCCAUUCGGUCAACUGCCGAUGCUGUGGGUAGGUGACGACAUCAUCUUCCAGAGCAACGCCAUCUACAGGUACCUGGCUAGAGUUUUCGAUCUGUACGGGUCCAGCAACAUGCAGGCAGCUCGUAUUGACUCCAUCUGUGAGUGCUGGAGGGAUGUGCUACAGGCAGUCCUCAACAUAAUUCACGAGGAGGAUGAGGAACGCAAGGGGAUGCUGCAAAAAUUAGCUGUUACGAAGAUAAUCCCAGGAUUCUUGGCCUUACUGCAAGCACGCCUCGCUAAGAACAACGACGGCCAAUGGAUUCUGUUGUCGCGUGACAAGAUUUCUCUCGCAGACAUCGUUAGUUACCACAUGCUGUCGUCGGUAGUUGGUCGGUUUCCUGGAGUGAUCGAUAACUUCCCGACACUGCAAGCCUACGUAGACCGCAUCGGAGAGAUCCCUAACAUCAAGGCAUGGGUGGAGAGCAGACCAGAGACGGAGUUUUGAAGACGCAAGCGUGAAGCGCAGUCGAGAAUAGAAGCGAACAAACACAUUUAUUCUUUGUAUAUCAGCUACAGCAAUGUACAGUAAUGUAGUGAAUUAAUCAUUUGGUUAUCAAUUUCCUGACUGACAUUUGCAAGUGGCUUCGCGUAGUAAUUAUUAGCGUAAUCAUAUUCGCCGUAGGAUACGCGUGCGUGUGGAAAAACGACUUCAUUACCGUCAUGUUCAGUAAAUAGUCAUAAUAUACCUAAACGUGCACGUUAACAUCAUCAGUUCGUAUUCCUGUCGACGCAUGGAAUUUUUUACGUCACUGCACGUGACAGAUAGACAGACAUACAUUGUUUAUACGCAGACAGAGCCCGCGUAUGUGUAACGGCGACACCAGGUUCGCAUAAAUAGGUAAGAACCUCUUACGGCUUAUUCUAGCGGGAAUAUUGUUACUGGUGGUCUAUGUGGAAUCGUGUACCGGGGAGAAAUACACAUUUUUCCGGAAAUA